CAAACUUGCCAUGGAGCUGAGGAUGGCCUUGAACUACUAACAGUCCUGCUUCUACCCCACCAAGUGCUGGAAUUACAGCUCACAGGCACAUGAAAAGCCUCAGCAACCCCAGCAACUCCAGCACCAUCACUGGCUUCAUCCUCCUGGGCUUCCCUUGCCCAAGGCAGGGGCAGAUCCUCCUCUUUGUGCUCUUCUCCGUGGUCUACCUCCUCACCCUCAUGGGCAAUGGAUCCAUCAUCUGUGCUGUGCGCUGGGAUCAGAGACUCCACACCCCCAUGUACAUCCUGCUGGCCAACUUCUCCUUCCUGGAGAUCUGGUAUGUCACCUCCACAGUCCCCAAUAUGUUGGCCAACUUCCUCUCCGACACCAAGGUCAUCUCCUUCUCUGGGUGCUUUCUGCAGUUCUACUUCUUCUUCUCCUUGGGCUCGACAGAGUGCUUUUUCCUGGCAGUUAUGGCAUUUGAUCGGUACCUUGCCAUCUGCAGGCCUCUACAUUACCCCACUCUUAUGACUGGGCGCCUCUGCAACAUCCUUGUGACCAGCUGCUGGGUACUUGGUUUCCUCUGGUUCCCGGUCCCCAUCAUCAUCAUUUCCCAGAUAUCCUUCUGUGGAUCCAGGAUGAUUGACCACUUCCUAUGUGACCCAGGCCCUCUGCUAGCACUCACCUGUUCCAGAGCCCCAAUGAUGGUUUUCUGGACAAUUCUAAGUUCUCUGCUCCUGUUUCUUCCUUUUCUCUGCAUCAUGGGGUCCUAUGCUCUGGUCCUGAGACCUGUGUUUAGAGUUCCUUCAACAUCUGGAAGAAGAAAGGCCUUCUCUACAUGUGGGUCUCACCUGACAGUGGUUUCACUCUUUUAUGGCUCAGUGAUGAUCAUGUAUCUGAGCCCAACAUCUGAGCAUGAAGCUGGAAUGCAGAAGCUUGUGACUCUGUUUUACUCUGUGGUUACUCCACUCAUUAAUCCUAUAAUCUAUAGUCUGAGGAACAAAAAUAUGAAACAUUCCUUGAAGAAGUUUCUGAGAACAUAA